CAUUUAGUAGUAGAGCAGCCAGAGUCCAACGCUGCUGACAUCUGAGCCACCCCUUGCAUCAUUCCACCCCCUGACCCUUGCUCCUCAGCCUGUUCGAUGUCCGAGGAGCCGUGUGUGUGUGUGUGUGUGCAUAUGUGUGUGCGUGCUUGCGAGUGAGUCUAUAUUUUGUGUGUGACUAGCGCGUGGACAUGAAGAGAUCGGGGAAGAUGUUCGGUCACAUUUACUGACUGUUAUGUUCGAAGUGGCGGCGCCGGAAAAGGGGCCGGAAAGAGCUGAGUGUGUUUACAGCAAAACAAAGGUACAUGCUUGUGUAUGAAUAUAUGAGUAGUGGGUGAAUGGAGGAGAGAGAAGAGGAAUAAAGAGGAAGAGUGGAGUAGAUAAAAGUUGGUGGGAAAACGGGAACGGUAAUAAGAGUGAAAUCAUUGAAAUUCGUUGAGAUAAUCAAGAAAAAAAAGCGACAUAGAAGAUCUCCAGACGAUGACACCGUCGUCGCUGUUGUCGUUCGCUGUGAGAAGCGUGAGAAAUUCUGUGAGAAUGAGACACCGAGGGAAUGCGUGUCGGAGCCACGAGUUUACGUUGUCGAAGGAGGCUAAUCGUAGUGGCCUCGAAUCUUCAAUGAAAUAUCAGCAACACGAGAAGCAGCAGCAGCAGUAUCACUACUACCAGCACAAGCAGUGACCGUCAUGGUGGGACGUAAACAUUCGAGGAGAUUCCUCUGCAACGCGUCGCGUCCAGCAAGGAUUUCUCUGGGAUAUCACAAUUUUUAUCUGCUUCAAGCCCCAUCGUCACUGUUAACGUGCUCGUUGUUAUCGUCUUUAGUAUUAUCGAGGAAAAACUAGUGGAACGUGUCGAUGAGACACUGCGACACGAACGUGCAAAAACACUCGCGAGCUCGAGACUCUUUUCCUCCUCUCUUCACUCCGCUCGCUCCUCCGGGGUGGUUUUUGGUUCUUCCGCGUUUGCACAACGUUUCCUUCCUCGGCUAGCCCGUUGUGUUCAGUGUGAUAUGUGCGUAUGUGUUUUUUCAUAGUCAGACACGUUUUCAAUGGUACGUGAAUGUGCAGGGGAUACGAGGAACGAUUUCAGCCAGCGAAUCUAACUUUUUCUGGCUGUUUGUCAACGAUUUUUUAAUACUGCUGAGGAAGCGGAGAAAUUUUCGGUGCGAGACUUCGGGGUCGCUCGAGAAAUGCCCUUCUCAUCUCGAAACACUCCAGACAUUCGCUGUCCGUACACGAGCUUAUUAGUGAGAUUUAUUUCGGCGAGAUUUACAGUAUCGCGUGUCCUUAAGAGCACGAAUGAAAGAGGGGCAAGACGUGCCAGGAGAAUUGACGAAAAAGUAGGAGCAAUAAUGGGCAAAACGAGCCACAGAGCAAGCGUCAAACGUACGUGAUCCAUCUCGCAACGUGAGUGGGGAAAGGGAGAAGGAGUAGGAUCCGUUACUACUACUAGCACUGCCGCUACUACGAAUCUACUCUCGGAGCUGCUUCGAGCAUCACAGCCGUGGGAUAUUCGUGUGUGAGCGGAGACGCCAGCACGAGAAUCGUGAGGGUCGCGUGCCCGAACUUCACCGAGGCUUUCACUAUGCGACCAGUGUCUGGCUGCACACUUACCUCUUCCACUGGCAUAACUCAGUUGGCUGUUGUACCACGCGUGACUAAAUAGAACUUGAGCUGAACACACUUGCCCCAUUGAUCGAGCACGUUCCUCGAUCUCUGAAUGCUGAUGCGAGUAAGAAUUAUAACUGAAAAUGAAAAGCCGAAUCGUCGUGAGGAGAUUAAUAAAUAAGUAGUUGGGGUCAGUGUGACUCAGACGUCGGGAAAGUCCGGAUGCGAAAAUCCGUCUAAAGGAACACCGUUUUUCCGACAAAUUCAUCAGAAUCGAGCGCUAUUGUUCGACCACCGUAAACAGCCAGACUUAUUUUUAUUGUUCGUUUCGCUCAACGGAAAAGUAAAAACGUGUCAUUUCCGAAGGGGGAUUCAAUGAGUGUGCUAUUUACGUGGAAAUAUUGACGAAAGAGUGAACGAGAAAAGGAGAGGAUAACAAAGAAAAUGAUUUUUCCUUUGUGCGGAGGGAGGCCCGAGCCGAGUGCGUUGUUUCCAUUUCUACUCAUUGAAACAAUGAGAGUGCGGUAUGAUUUGCGUUAUUAAUUCGGCGAACGAGCUUCCUAAUAAGUUUAAUUACAUGGACAUGAAAACAUUUCGGAUUAAUUACGCUCGACAAAUGAAUAUAAUUCUUAACAUUAACAAAAGUAAUAACAAUAAUAAAAAUAACAAUUAUACAAAUAAACAAUAGAAUUAAUAGCACAAUUUGAAAUAUAAAUAAUAAUAAUAAUAAUAAUAAUAGCUGACGACAACAAUACACGAAUAAUAAAAUAGUCAUCCGAACUACAGUAAUUAUAGUCAUUUUAAUGAUAUAAAUUAAACAAAAAAAUUAAAAAGGUCGCUGGUAUCUCGCCCAUUAAAACAAAAGUCAAUUGCGAUGGUGUUACACGCUCCUAUCGAGGUGACCAGCAUCAUCGACGAAUCAUCAACCUGCCUCGUAGGAAAUAAAAUAUUGUUGGCUUCCACCCUGUGUACACCGCAUACGAAGCUUCAUAACACGUACAGAAGACUGAGCUGCAUUAUUCAGCAUUCCGAACAACAUAUCGCAUAUCCACCAUAAGGCGAAGAAGCAGGUGAUGGCCCGUACCACGCGCCAACGACGAAAAAUGGCAAAUACGACCGACGUUCCCACGUCCGCAAGUAGCCUCCUCACAAGCACAGGAUCGACGCCAUUUGAUGCUACAUCAGCCACGGUUACGUAUCCCACGGAUGGUUACUACAAUUUCAACUACAGCGGUCUCGUGAAUCUCGGUGGUUACUCCCUUGACGAACUGAAUUACACGGAGCUUUGGGUCGACGUAUGGAAUGGUACUGAGACAAGCAACGUAACCGAGAGACUGAACGCAACGGUACUGCCGCCAGGUGGCUACUGCGACGAGUGGGAAUCUGCUCAGCACAAGCUCUUCCAGGCAGCCAAUCUCUUCUUCGCCGCCGCCUUUCUCGUGCCAAGGUCAUUCAAGGCCUCGGUACUCGCUCUACGAACUUUUCUCACAGCGGGGUUCAUGCUUGCUGCACUUUGGGCCGGCAUAACGAUCUGUGCGCUGGAUGCAAUGCUGUGGUGUCUCGCACUGGGUUUGCUGAACGGGAUACACUCGUUGAUACUAGCCUGCCGUUUUCUGCCUCCGGCCCUCAGCCCCGAACUGGCGGAACUCUAUUUGAAGCUGUUCAAGCCUUACCGGGUCAGCAAAAAACACUUCCAGGAGCUUGCCAAGGAAGCGAGGAUACUGAAGCUCGAUCCUGGACAAACCUACGCGACUGAGGGCGUCACACCGGCUGACGAGAGGUUGUCCAUACUACUGCGUGGCAAACUGAAAGUAACGUGCGACGGCACGCAUCUACACUACGUAAGGGCUUAUCAAUUUGUCGAUUCGCCGGAGUGGGAAGCCACCCACGAGAAUCUCGACGACGUCUUCCAAGUGACGAUACGCGCCGAGGAAUCGAGUACUUAUAUUUGCUGGACGAGGAUGAAACUCAUGAGGGUACUGAGGCACAGGCCCCUCUUAAAAAUUGUACUUAAUACCCUCAUCGGCAAGGACAUCACGUCCAAGCUCUACGCACUCAACGAACAACUCGCCGGCGUUGCCGCAGCCACCGAGAACGCUGAGUCUAACCCCUACAAAGGAGUCGCCAGGAGUCUCAGCGUCGAUGCUGUCAACACAGAAACUGCCGGGCGAGUCAGAUCUGCGACGUGGAAACAGCAGAGGAGGCACAGCAAUCCGCGCAGUGACAGAAGUUCACCCGCGAGGCACUCACACCAGUACUGGGCUCCAGUGGUUGCUAAUCACUUUCCGGCGAACUCGCCGUUCGUGCAGUCGCAGAAUCUCGGUUACACCCUACUACCGCAGGGUGUCACGUUUUCGCCGCCACCGCGUGCACCUACUGCCACUCAUACGCCCCUCACAAGACAGAGAAGUGCCGGUGGCACGGGAGGUGACUACACACUUCUCUCACAAACGCCCAAACUCGAACGAAAACGCUCGAAAAAGACUACAAGAGAGGUAACAUUCGAGACGCCCGUAUGACGCUCGCUCGACGGGGAAGGCCCUGCGAGCGUGCCGCUUCUGUCGUUGUCGCCGCAGCGCAUCGCCUAGCCCCGUCAUCGUUGUCAUUCACGGCAACAUGGAGUAUCACGGGCCUCGAUAUUUCCCGGGUUUGGAAAAGGCCCUCGAGGCGCCAGUAAGAGAAAACAUUUUGUAUCUCGAGGGAGCGGUCGCUUUGGUGGGAAAUGGCCUAAGUGUGAGCCCCAGCGAGUGAUCGUCGAACGGAGCGAAAAAUCGAGGGUGAUCGGUUAUUCGUCGUCGCGGCCCUCCGGAACGAGCCUUCGAAAGUGCGUGUUCUUCCAAUUUUUUCGCGUCACGAAAAUUCGCCUUCGUGACUCGAGUGUUUACACCAGAACUGUGCGAAUUUGUUAUUACGAUGGAGAUAAAUCGAUAUCUCGAUAAGCUAUUCACAAUGUGCGAUCGUUUUGAGGCGUCUUUCUCAAAAGUGAUAUGAAGAUACGGGAGAAGAGAACAGAUUUACAAAUAUUAAAAACACGCUGUUUGCCAUCGAAGGUGAGUUUUCACGUUGCAGUUUUUCCUUUUUUUCCAUUAUCGUUUCUUCCAUCCUCGUGAGUAUGCUGUAGCGGACAAAAGUUUUCUAGCAGCUCAUAUUUUCCCGCGUUUUCGUUCCGCUGCCACCGUCAAUUUUAAGUACUCCUGUUACUGUAGAAAUAUUGGGUCGACGAAAAAUCCCCCGACAAACCAGGCUAAGAGCGAAUGGAACGAGCUCGUUCGCCGCGUGUAGCCAAAAAACAAGGCGAAAGAGGAAGGAGCGAAUUUAAAAUAUUAAAAUUUAACAAACGAGACUAAAGAACACCGCACACACCUGUGUGUGUUAAUGAUACCUUUUACAUCGACUGUGAUUAUAAAACGGAUAUUAAUCUGUUAAGUCUUCUUCAUUUGUUUUUCGGUAUCACGCCCGAUUACGAGAUGUAAAUGGAGAUAUUAUAUCGAAAAUUUCAAAGAAACAAACAUACAAAUAUAUAUAUCAAUGUGUAUAUAUAUAUAUAUAGAGAGAGAAAAAAUGUCAAGUGCUUUGGACACAUCAACGAAACAUUAUUGUGUAUAAAUGUAUGAGUAAGCCGAAUUUCCGAGCGUCACAGCCGCAUUUUCUCCCGGUUAAUAAAUUAAGCAGUGAGAACACAGUAGAAGCGACGAAUCAGUUGAUUUUUCCAAUUCGAAAUUCCUGUGGAAUGAACAUCGAAGAUUCCGAGAGUGACAAAAAUUGAAACUGACUUUUCCGCGCUCGUACGAAGAUAAUUGAAAAUUUGCACGAAUUUAACUCAUUUUUUGGUAAUUAUGUAGUUUGAUUACUUUUCCGGAAAUCAACGAAAGAAAUUUUUUUUUAGCAUGGACGGCUUCGAUUAGUUACCAUUGAUGAUAUUUCGUCGGGGGAGGCUAACAUUUUCCAUAAAAACCAUGUGUUUGAGGUUUUGAAGUUAUUGGAAAAAUAUGAUGAAAUAUGGUAUAUUUGAAUAUUUUUGAGUUCACAACACGACAGAGCGCGCGGGCACACACACACACACACACACACACACACACACACACACACACACACACACACACACACACACACACACACACACACACACACA